AUGAGUACUGAUAAAUGGAAUAAGUUAUAUGUCUAUAAUCAUGGAAAUUUAAACAAAUCAUUUGAGAAUAGUAGUAGUAAUUGUCAUAAUAAAAACAUAACAUACUUAAAAGAAAAAAAUGGUAUAUAUACAGAUAUAAUAUUUCAGAAAAGUAAAGACAACAAUGAAAAAGCCAAUACAAAGAAAAAUGAUAUAAAAAUUGAAGUAAGUGAUAUAAAUAAAGAUAUUAAGCUUCAUGUAAAAAAAUUAUAUACAAGGCAAUUAAAUGGCUUAGAAAAAAUGGACUCUAAUAUGAUAAAUAACUCAGAUAAAGCAACUACAAGAAAUAUUGAGUUUUUUCCUACAUUGAAACAUAGUGAUUAUAAAAUAAUAAAUAGUCAAAUAUUCAACAUAAAUAAAAAAAUUGAUCCAGUAUAUUCCAAUUCAGAAUUAAAAAAUAAUUUAAGUUUACGUAAAAAUCCAGAAAGUCAUAUUUCUACCCAUGAAAAUGUUCACAAUAACUUAAAAUUUGCAAAUUAUCCAUGCGCAAUAAGGAAUAAUGAUGUAAAAACUCUAUUACAUAAUAACUUACUAUUUUUAAGUGGUUUAAAGAACGAACAUGAAAGCAAUUUAAAUGUUAAUAAAAAAAAAAAAAUAAAUAAUUUCAUUAAAAACAAAAAUGAUUUAAAUAAGCAGGAAAUAGAAAAUGAAUAUUUAAAGAGUCCAAUUAUUAGUAAAGAAAAUAAAGUAUGUUCAGACAGUAACAAAACGAAGUUAUACAGUUAUGUAGAACCAGUAUGUAAUGGAAAUACCAAUAUAUUUUUAAAUAAAGAAAAACAAAAUUUAUUAAAUGAUUGCUUUUUAAAGAAUAAUACCACAAAUUGCAACAAAAAUUAUGUAUCCGAAGAAACUAAUAAAGAAAAUAACUUUAAUAAAAAAUUUAUUUAUGGCAUCAAUAAUCAAGAAUCAAUUACACAUCAUGACAAUAAUUCAAAAUUCAAGAAAAGGAAUAAUGAUGUAGAAUAUACUGAAAAAUGUAACAUAAACAUAAGUAAGUUAAUUCAUUCUUAUAAAGAAUAUCAAAAAAAGAAGCAAGAAGAAGCUAAUACUGAAAUUUUGUCUAAAUUUAAUAAAAAAAAAAUAAAUAAUUCAAUUAAUGAAAAUAAGUUUAGCAAAAGAAAUAAAAAUAUAGAUAAAAAUAAUAUUAACGAACAUUGUAAUUUGCAUGAAGAUUCAAUUGAUAAAGUUAAAUUGGAUAAUGGCAUAAUAGCAAAUGAAAUAGAAAUAAAAAGUUGUGCUAUAUUGAAGCAUUCAAAUGAAGUUUCAGAUAAUGAAAAAAAUGAAGGAAAUUUAUUUAAUUCUUUAAAUAAAAGCACAAAUAAAUUGUGUACUCAGGAUUCAGAUAGUAAUUUAUGUUUUAAUAAGAAAUAUGAUAAAAUUAAAAAAAAGAAAAAAAAAAAGAAUAUUGCAGAUAACAAAAAUAAUUUUAACUAUAAAACAAAUAUGGGAAAACUAAAUGAUAGUCUAAAUUGUACUGUUUUAAAUGAUUCUUAUUUUCAUAGAAUAAAUGAUACUGAUUAUAUCUAUGAACACAAAAAGGAUGAAAACAAAAAAAAUAAUCAUAAUGAUAAAAUAGAUAAUCUGAUCUAUAAAAAUAAAAUAGCUCAUGAUUCAAUGAAUUCUUUUUUGUGUAAAAAGGUUUUAGAAAUACUUAAAAGUAAAGAAAACAUAAUUUUUAAUAAACCAGAUAAAACUAUUAUAAAAGAAGUAAAUAAGGAUAUUGAUUCUUCAAAAAAUUUAAGAGAAGAUAAGAAGGAAAUAAUUCAUUUUGAUAAUGACGAAAAAAAUAAAAAAUGUAAAUUAAAUAGUAGUAAUAAUAAUAAAUCUACUAAUGAUUCAAACGAAAAUACCAAUUAUAUUAAUAAUAUUUACAGUGAUAAUACAUAUAUUAAUAAAAAUAUUAAUAAUAAUAUUAGUAACAAUUGCAGUAAUAAUUUUAUACUACAUAAUGCUAGCUUUAGUAAUUCUAAUAUUUCAUCUAUCGAAAAUUUUAAGUUAUAUAAUCAUACUUUGGAAACUUUUACCAGCUCAAGUAAUAAUAAUACAUUUAAUUUAAUAAAUUUUAAGAAUGGAAGAAAAAAUAAUUCCGUUAAAAUGAAAAAGCUCAAAGAUAAUACCAUUAGCAAAAAUUAUAUAAGUUAUAAAAAAGAGAUAAAAAGUAAAAAAGUUAUAUUCGAAAAAAUAAGUAUGAAUAAUGAAAAGAGUAAAUUAAAAAAUUAUAGUAAUUCGAUAGAUAAUACAUUAUUAAAUAAUAAUGAAAUAAACUUUAUCAGUAAUGAGGAUUUAAAUAGUUUUGAUAUUUUAUGUGAAAAAAAUAUUAAUAAUGUUGAAAAUUUUUGUUUAAAUGAUAUUAUUGUUAAAGAUAUAGAAGAAAAAAAAAUGAAUAAAUUAUUCUUUGAAGAAAUAUGUGUAUUUAGAUUAAAUGAGAAAAAUGAUAUAUAUGACUACAAUAGUCAACCAGUAAAUUUAUUUCAUAACAGAUCAUUAAGUAAUAUAGAUUUAACAAAAUUAGAAAUAAAUAAAAAACAUUAUAAAGAUAUAAAUGAUGAAGUAAAAAAUCUUAUUAAAAAAGAAGAUGCCUAUGAAAUUGAAAUGAAUAUUGGCCUAGUUUUUAGAAAAUUUAUUCCUGUGACUAUGAAUUUAUCUUGUAAUUAUUUACUUAUUAAAAAAAAUGAAAAAAAUAUAAUAACUUGCAUAUCUUACAGUAAUAUACUAGAAAUAAAUAUGCUCAAAAAAAAUGAAAGAAGGAAAAUUUUUUUAUUUAAAUUAGUUUAUGUUUUUAAAAAAAAAAAACAAUCUGAAAAAAAGGUCACAUUAUUAUUUAGAACAAAUAAAAUUGAAGUAUAUAAUAAGAUCAAAAGCAAAGUUGAACCAAUUUUAAUGAAAGAAUCAAAAAAUAAAGAAUACAUAGAUAUAGAAACAGUUUAUAGUUAUAUUAUUGAAAAAUAUAAAAAGAUGCAUAUUCUAUACCUAAGACAACUCUUGCAAAAUGUAGAAAAAAUAUUAAGAAAAUUUAUCUUCAAACUUUUUUUUCAUAAAUUAAAAUUAAAACAUGCUUACUUAAAAAAAAUAGAAUAUAUUAAAAAACAAAGAUCUAAAUUAAUACAAGGAAUGAUGGAUAAAUUAGAAUUUUCUUUAAGAAAAAAACUUCAGAAUUAUUUUAAUUUAUUAUUAAUUAAAACCUACGAAAAGAGUAUUGUUAAUUAUCAAGUUAAAACAAACAGCAUUUUAUUCAAUAUGAUUAUUAAGGAAAAAACUGUUUAUCAAGAAAAAUUGGAUAAGCAAAAUACUUAUUUAUUAUUUAAUGUGUUAUAUAGUUUAUAUAAAAAAAAAAUGACUAAUUAUUUUAAUUACUUCGUAAAUAAUAAUCGUAUUUUAAGUAAAGGGAAAAAUGCAUUCUCCUAUACUAUAACGCAUUUAAACAGUAUUCUAUUAGAAUAUGAUAGAAGAAUUAAAUGCUUUGUAUUAUCAAAACUAAAAUUUAAUUAUGAUCAUAUUUCUUAUUUUUCUUUUGUAAUGUAUAAAUUAUAUUUCAAAAGGAUAUUUCUUGGUUAUUUACGUAUAAGAGAUAAUAGAUUAAACGUAAAAUUUUUUAUUGAAAAAAAUGUUUACAAUUUAGUUAGAAUAAUUUCAAAAACAAUAGAAAAUCAGAAAUACUAUGCAUUUUUAAAAUUACAGAAACAUAUUUUUCAGGAAAAAGAGAGAAAAAAUAAAAUUAUAUGUGAUAAUUUAAUUUAUGCAAAUAAUGAAUUAUGUAAUAAUUUAGAUAAAAUAGCAAUAGAAAAAGGAAUAAAUAAAUUAGAAUGUAUAUAUAAAUUCAAAGUUAAAGAGAAUUUAGUAAAAUACUAUUAUAGAUUAAAAGGACCGCAAAUAAAUAAUAAGCAUUUCAAUCAUUGUUUAAAAUAUUGUUCUAUCUUUGUAUAUAUUUUAAGUAAAAUUAUUCAGAGAAAAGUUCAUAACUCCUUUUAUUUUUUUGUAUUAAAAUGUUUUCAAGAUAAUAAUAAAAGUAGACUUAUUUAUUCAAUGAAGAUGUUGGAAUUAAUAUUAAUUAAAAAAAAUAAAAGAUAUAUACUGGAUUUAUUAAAAUUUUAUGAUAAAUACCCUUAUCUGUUUAAAUAUAGGCAUUUAAGCAAAAUAGAAGUUUUUAUUAUUAGUAUUGAAAAUUUUAUUUAUUUCUGCAACAAAAAAUUGCUAUUAAAUUUUAUAUUAAAAUUACACUAUUUGAAAUAUCAAGGAAGAAUUAUUAAGGCUUAUACAUGUAUUGGGAAUCUAUAUAAGUUUAUUGAUAUAAUACAUCAGAAAAUUCAAUCACAUAUAUAUGAGCCUUUUCGGUUAUUACUACAAAAUGCCCAAGAAAAAAAUCACAAAAUGAUAAAAGAAAAAUUAAAUAUUAAAAAAACUCAAUUAAAAAUUAGCAAUAACAAGAUACCCUCUAUGUUAAGUUUUAAAAAUGAUGAUACCUCAUCAAAUCGUCUAAAUCUUAUGAAAAAAUAUCCUCUAUUUUUUUAUAAUUCAGACAUAUCUCCUGACUGUACAACUAUAGCAGAUGAUAAAUUAUCACUACAAUCAAAUGAUUCUAUUUCUAAUAUUUUUUCUUAUGCUUAUGAAGAUAUGGAUAAAAUUAAAAGGAAAAUAUAUGAUUUUAAUACAAAAAUUAGUCAUGUUAACUUAUAG